AGGGCAGAAAUGAUGUCAGUAGUUGGUGAUCGCCAAAAAGCAACAGUCAAAAUGAGCAACUGUGAGAGCAUCCUCAAGUACACAAGGUACGCCUUGCUAAUAGCUGGAACAUUUGAUAUACGGAACGAAACAACAAACUCAUCUUUUCUAUACAAGAGUUGGUCUCUCCUUUCACAAGGCUACUACACACUAUUCGUCCUGUCGCUACUUGUGGGCAUGAAAGAUGUACUGAGGAGCGGAGUAGAUGACGCAACAUUCAACAUCAACAUGCAAACAUUCCUCUUCAGCUCUCUCUUACUAAUGAAAUUGGUGUUAUUCUACACCAGACGAAUUCGGGAUAUAAUCAAAGAAGUGUACGAGUUUGAGAACGACAUCACCCACGAUGACCUGGAGUGUACGCAAAUAUACAACAGAAAUUCCCGGUACAACUACAAGAUAUUCUUCAUAUUGUGUGUUAUGACGCUCAGUACUGGCUUCUUGUAUAUGUUCAACGCUUUCAACGAUUGGAUGCUGAUGAAUGUUGGGAAUUCAAUGGAAAACAAGACGCUCAUCUAUCGUGGUUGGUUCCCUUUCGAUGUUGGGAAUCCGAUUUAUUUCAACGUUGCGUACUUUUUUCAAUUCCCCGUAGGCAUUUGGUUACCAGGGUUUAUUAUUGUGUUUGAUUCCCUGUUCAUUUCGAUGGUGAACUUCGCUACUGCAAGAAUUGACAUCUUGGGAUUCAAGUUUGAAAAUUUUGAGAUGUACAGUGAUGGAAGGAAUGAAUCGAAAUUCCAUUGUCUACGGAAUAUUGUUAUGGAACAUCAGGAUCUGAUUAGAUACGUUGAAAAUGUCAAUGAAUCCUUGAAAUGGUACUUCCUUGGAGAGGUUUUGGUCAAAUCUUAUCAAAUAACAGUGUCGCUUGUGAACGUGAUACACGCGACCAAUAAGGGAGAUCUUCUAUUCUACCUGUUCAUUGUGAUUGGGCUACUACUUCAUCUUAUCAUGGUUUACUAUAAUGCCAAUGAGUUAUCAUUAGAGAGCACGAAUUUGUGCGUGAAGAUAUUCAAGAGUAACUGGUACGACCAAUAUUCUGAAGUGGUGAGAAGUCUUUCGAUUGUGAUGGCCAGAGUGCAAAGACCACUUGAAUUAACCAUAGGCAAUUUUCGAGUGAUCGACAAUGACCUGAUCGUGAAUAUAUUCAAAGCCGGUUAUACGUUCUUAGUGUACCAGAAGAUUUAGAGGUUUUCAUGGAAUGGGCAAGUUUUCUUCUGAUGACUUUUAAUCAAAUUAUUUUUACACCCUGAUUACACAACUCGAUACAAUGGACGCCCUACGGACAUCCUCCUCUGGACAUCUUGGACAUCUAU